AUGUCAAAUCGUUACUCGGUGUUCUCAACCCAGUCCGCUGGCCUCGCGGGCGGGCCUCGACCACAACAUGGUGCCCAGGUCUCAACAACAACGUUAUUGAACGCCCUCCACUCGUUUUACACCGCCGGUCAACCGUAUCAACUCGACUCUGCGACAAGUCUUGUGGUGAACACAUGGGUCACGGCGUCAACCACCUUACCCGAUGGUCGGAAUGGCGUGACGGUCGACCGUGACUUGGCGGUGCGGGCUUGGGAACAUGCCCGCCGCCGAGCAGAGGAUGGCUGUAUCUUCCUUGGUGCAUUGCAUCAGUCAACUCCGUCGCUUCUCGAGCCAUUCAUGACUGCUAUCCCGGUUGAAACUCCCGCGGUAGCCCUGAGUGCGCUCUCUGCUCUGCGACCUUUCUUGACCGCAAUCACCUCCUUCAACCCUUCCUACUCCCUCCACUCAGCAUUGGCCGCAACUUAUACCCUGUCGCUGCAGGGAUCCGUCGUCGGUCUCUCAUUCGCCUUGUCAACUUCUGGCAUCAACGUACGCAAAGGUCUCCUGGACAUCCAGCCUGAGACUGGGUUCCGUGCAUUCGAUGCAUUCUACUAUCUUCUUACCUCCGCUUCAACGGCCGCGGAGCGGGAAUUCCUGGAUUUGAAAGCGGCAUCCUCCUAUUCACUGCUCAGUCGCUCAAACACAUAUGAUCCUCCGCAUUACCUCCCAACUGCCGACGAUGCUGCCGCCGCAGAGGAUUUCCGUGCCUCCUUGAAGGCCAUUGGCAUCAAGGGAGCUUCCCAGCGUGGACUGCUCUCGGUCUUGGCAGGUCUGCUCAAGUUGGGUAAUGCUGCCGGGUUCGAGGCGGAUCAGGACGAGCUUGAGGAAGUCUGCGACGAUGCUGGUGGACUUCUCGGCGUUGAUCCUGAGAUUCUCUUGCACAGAUGCUCCACCGAUGAGCGGGAGGUGCUGAUCUCCGGGAUCUAUGAAGCCCUUGUUGAUUGGGUCAUUUCCAAGGCGAACGAAGCGAUCGCAGCUGAUGUCCAGGUCAUGAUGGAAAACGACUCUAGCAAUGGAGGGGCACAGUGGUCAAACGACGACACUGUCAGCUUGACCAUUGUCGAUGUUCCUCGGCCAGCUUUGGCCAAGGCUAUCGCAAUGAGAGGAAUUUUCGAUGACAGUCUCGGACUCAACGCCGAAAUGAAAGACGACGGAAUCCCUCUUCCUGCCAUUGGCGGUUCCAUCAUCAGCGAAAUGAAUUCUGCUGUAUCGCAGGUCGAACCCGAUCUCGGUAUUACAACCGGUCCUGCUGGGCGAGAACGUGAACACGAUCUCGACAAACGCCAGGGUGUUUUGGAGAAGGUGGGCGUUGAGCUUGAAAUCGAUGCCUUCCUUCGACGUGUUCUGUUCCCUGUUGACACAGAAGGCAUCACUGUCGGCAAGCGAGGCCGAUUCGAUCUACCAACGACCCUCAAUAGCAGCCGUGUCUGGUAUCACUUGUCCAUUCACCCGACCGAUGACAUGCCGGAGCAGCUGGCAGCUGUGGGAUCUUCAGCUUGGUCGGCAGGUGCAGUCUCACGCCAAUUGCGAGACUGGCGUCUUCCGGAGUGGGCCAACCGCCGCCUGAAGCAACUCGAUUUCACUGCCGAUUUCGACGUCGAGGAGUUCGUUGCUCGGUACGCACGUCUUGGCUGUGCUGAAGGCCAGGACGGUGUUGAGAACUGGAUCAUCGAGCGUGGCUGGAGUAACGGCGACGCUGUCGUUGGAGACCAGCGAGUUUGGAUGCGCGAAGGCGCUUGGUGGGAAGCGGAGAGUAUGUUGGAUCUCAAGCCUGAAGAGACUCACAUCAACCCCUUCAUGUACGGGCCGGCCAUGUAUGAAACCGGCUAUACCCCUGAUGGAACCCCGAUUCACGAAUCUACCAACCUCCUCGGCAUGCCACCCACAGGUCCCAUGGCUCCCAGCGUGAUGGGUGGUGCGAAGUCUAUUGCCCCAAGUGCGCCGUUCACGAAUGCUAACAACGUCGGUGAUUAUGGUCUGGGUCGCAAAGGUGACGACAAAAAGGGCGACAUCGCCUACUACGACGAGUACGGCCGCUACGUUGGCGAGUUUGAUCCUGAGUUCGGUGACCCCAAGCACAUCGAGAAGAAGACUAUCACUGCCGGCCGUCGUAUCUGGGCUGGUUUCGUCUGGGCUAUGACGUUCUGGAUUCCUUCUUUCGUGCUUCGGUAUAUUGGCCGCAUGAAGCGUCCUGACGUUCGUCUCGCCUGGCGAGAGAAGCUUGUCCUUGUUUUCUUGAUUCUCUUCUUCAACGGACUUGUCUGUUUCUACAUCAUUGCUUUUGGAGACUUGCUUUGUCCCAACAAGGACAAAGUUUGGAACUCCAAAGAAGUCGGCUGGCACACAGGGGACGAUGAUUUCUUCGUCAGCAUCCAUGGUCGUGUAUACGAUAUCAGCAAGUUUUGGCGCACGCAGCACAGUGACAUCACUGGAGAGGAUACCAGCUCCUCCAAUAUGGAACCUUUCGCUGGUACAAAUCUGGACGCCUACUUCCCUCCUCCCCUGAACAGGUAUUGCACACCGUUCGUCGCAAGCAGUGACAAGACCAUGAAAUUGUACAAUAACGACACCAACGCCAUUUUGUACCCUACGGCCGAUCACAGCUCCGGCUCCAACGCCCAGGUUUCCACCUCUGUCCUUGGUAAGCAAACUUGGUACGAGAAUACCUUUUUGCCGAAGAUCAAGACAUACUACAAGGGUGACCUGGUUUGGACCAAGGCUACCAUCAAGAAACAAGCCAAUGAGGAUUCACGAUACUGGGUCAUUAAGGACCAGAAGGUGUAUGAUUUGACAAAUUACUUCUACACGGUCAAGAGGAUGAACAAUCUCGACUCUUACAAUUGGCUGCCCUCGUCUUUGACGACUCUAUUCAAGGACAACAUGGGCGAGGAUGUCACUUCGAAAUGGCAGGACACAGAUGAUUUCAAAAAUGCUCAAACCUGUCUCGACUAUGUCUUUUACGUGGGCAAAGUUGAUUUCCGCGACAGUCCACGAUGCACCGUCAAUAACUGGAUUCUACUCUCUUUCACCAUCUUGAUUUGUGCCGUCGUUCUGGUGAAGUUCCUGGCUGCUCUGCAACUUGGCUCAAAGCGUCGACCCACUCCCCAGGACAAAUUUGUCAUUUGUAUGGUUCCCGCCUACACUGAGGGUGAGAACGAUCUCCGCAAGGGUCUCGACUCCCUCACUGCCUUGCAGUAUGAUAACAAGCGCAAGCUCAUCUUCGUUAUUUGUGAUGGCAUGAUUGUCGGUGGUGGAAACGAUCGCCCCACUCCCAAGAUUGUUUUGGACAUUCUCGGAGUUGAUCCCAAGAUGGAUCCUCCCGCUUUGCCAUGCAAGUCCCUCGGACAAGGAAGUGAACAGCUCAAUUACGGCAAGGUCUUCUCUGGUCUCUAUGAGUAUGAAGGCAAUGUCGUUCCCUACAUUGUCGUUGUCAAGGUCGGUAAGGAAUCUGAGCAACGUAAAUCCAAGCCAGGAAACCGUGGAAAGCGUGAUACACAGGUCCUUCUCAUGCAAUUCCUGAACCGCGUUCACCACCGCUCGCCAAUGUCGCCCCUUGAACUGGAGAUGUUCCACCAGAUCAACAACGUUAUUGGAGUGGAUCCGGAGCUGUACGAAUAUUGUCUCAUGGUCGAUGCAGAUACUACUGUCAGAGAGGAUUCGCUCAAUCGCUUGGUCGCUGCGUGUGCAGCAGAUGCUAAGAUCGCCGGUAUCUGUGGUGAAACCAGUCUUCAGAACGAGGAAGGCAGUUGGUGGACAAUGAUUCAAGUCUACGAGUACUACAUUUCUCAUCACCUGGCAAAGGCAUUCGAAUCGCUCUUCGGCAGUGUUACCUGUCUUCCUGGAUGUUUCACUAUGUAUCGACUGCGGACCGCGGACAAAGGACGUCCUCUCAUCAUCUCGGACAAGGUCAUUCAUGACUAUGCCGAUAACGAUGUCGACACGCUCCACAAAAAGAAUCUUCUCUCCCUUGGUGAGGAUCGAUACCUGACCACCAUCAUGACCAAGCACUUCCCAGCCAUGUCUUACAAGUUCAUCCCUGAUGCCUACGCAAGCACAGCUGCACCCGAGGCGUGGAGCGUGCUGCUGUCCCAGAGACGUCGCUGGAUUAACUCGACAAUCCACAACCUGGUUGAAUUGGCUGCUCUGGAAGAUCUCUGUGGCUUCUGUUGUUUCAGUAUGCGUUUCGUCGUUCUCGUCGAUCUGUUGGGUACAAUCAUCCUUCCCGCGACUUGUGUCUACCUUACCUACCUGAUCUACCGAGUCGCCAGUCACACUGGACCCUUCCCCAUGAUCUCAAUCAUCAUGUUAGCUGGUGUCUAUGGUCUACAGGCGAUCAUCUUCAUCGUCAAGCGCCAGUGGCAGCACAUUGGAUGGAUGAUCAUCUAUCUGCUUGCCUACCCGAUCUACAACUUUAUCCUCCCACUCUACGCGUUCUGGAAGCAGGAUGAUUUCACAUGGGGUAACACCCGUGUCGUCAUUGGUGAGAAGGGUGAUAAGCGUGUCAUUGCCGUGGAAGAUGAGCCUUUCGACCCGCGCAGUAUCCCUCUCCAGCGCUGGGAUGACUACGCCCUGGCCAACAACCUUCCCGGUCGUCGUGGAGAUCUCGGCGGAAGCCAGGAGAAGGCCUACGCUACCGGACACUACGAUGACGCGGCCAUGGAGAUGGACGAUAUGCACUCUCAAUACUCAUCCGUCAAGCCAGCUUCCACCAUCCUCACCGGCUUCCCCGGCCACGGUCGCCACCACCCGUACAUGCCUCCCCAGUCUCCCGCACCAUUCGUCGGUGGAAAUGUUGCCGGUAACCGCAACUCCCACAUGUCCAGCUUCUCCCGAUACACGGAUCUGCCACAGAUGGGCCCAGGUCCUCAGAUGGGUCACUCGGCCAAUGCUUCUCGACACAUGUCUAUGGGUGGUCUGAGCGCGUACCAGGACCACCCAGGCCACGCGAGCAGACACAGCAUCGGCUUGAUGGCCAGUAACGAGAACCUCCUCGCCAACAACCGCUCUCGCAGUCCUUUGGCCCAAUACCCGCCUCGCCCAGCAAGCACAGCCCUCGACUUCCGUGUCGGUGGUGGGCCUGACGAGAUGACAAUCACUGAGGCUAUCCGUGGUUGUCUGGCCGAGGUUGACUUGGAUACUGUCACCAAGAAGCAGGUCCGCGUUCUUGUUGAACAGCGCCUGCAAACCACACUCGUGGGCGAAAAACGAGCCUUCCUCGAUCGCCAGAUCGAUCAGGAAUUGGCUAACAUGUGA